CAUGGUCCUCCACCACAAGGGGGUGAUGUAAAAGUCCAACGAUGCUUGUGUUCCAACAUUUAUUCAAAUGUGUUCGGUGACAUUGUGGUGAGCAGGAGCUGAGCAGGUGAAGGGAACCUUUUGCAAAACAGAGAAGGCAGUGAUGCACAAUGCGUUUCACAUGGCCACCAGAACACUCGCCCCAAGGCGGUGGGGUACAUCAGAGCCCCCACGGCAUGCUGGGAAGGCUUAUUUGUCUCACAGUUCCCCCGGUCCACGCUGCCGACAGCACCGUCCCCGACUCGACCCGAGUACCCGCAUCCUUCCCUUUGAUUGUGGGAAAGCCGCACCUCCCAGAAACAGGCUGGGGCCGCAUCAGAGACCUGUUCGAUAGAAAUGAGAUGCAACAGUAUCCGGAGGAAGUCACUAAUGUUUUGAAGAGUGGGCUGAUGGCAGCGGUGGUGGGCAUGUUGUACGGAGGAAUGCCAGCGGCUCGCCAUGCUAGGCAGAGGUUCAUUGAGCAGAGCCAAGCAGAGAUCUACCGGAGCCGCGUCGAGGCAGUGAGAUCAGCCCACAACGCUGCAAUCCGAGGAUUUGUGCGCUUUGGCUGGAGGUGGAGCUGGAGGGUGGCGGCCUUUGUCACUUUAUUCAACACUGUGAGCACUGGAAUGACCGUGUACAGAGACAAGCAUGCUAUCAGCCACUUUGUCGCUGCAGGGGCGUUCACAGGGGCCAUGUUCAGGCUGAACAUGGGGCUCGCAGCGAUGCUGGCGGGGACCACGAUCGGAGCGUUCCUGGGGUUGCCGGCUGGGGGAUUUAUCAUGGCCAUGCAGAAGCUGACGGGAGAGACCAUCCUCGAGAGAAGGAGAAGGGAACGUAAAGAACUGUACGAUCUGAAGAUGGCAGAAUGGAACACCCGUCUACAGGUGACGGAGGAGCUGAUUGGUGAGAUGGUUGCAACUGGACAGAAACACGACUUUGAGUCUGACCUGCAGAAGAUCGAGGAGCUGUUGAGUUUGCCCAGGAAUGAGGACAGUGUCAGGGACUCAGACAGCCAAUGACACAGAUGACAACCAUUGUUGCCUGAAAAGAACAUGCACAGACACACUGCUGAGCUCUUAUCAUUGGUGAUUUGCAGCUUUUUUAAUAUCGUCCCCAAUCAGUUGAAAGGGAAUUGAGUCACCAUUACCAUGGAAUAUUGGCAGAAAGCAGUGACUUUUCAGCUGUUAUUUGCUGGUGGGAGAUAUGGAGCAGUUACAGGGCUGUCUGAUCGGUACAUAGUUGGGCCGUGCACUUUGGUUUAUUCCCACUGUCCAGUUCCAUAUCGUGACUCAUAGACCCAAGACACUUCAGGGGAGAAACCACCCCUGUCUCUCUUCCUAGUAUUUGUCCAAUCAGGCAUCAGAUUCCGUCCACUUGAAUGGCCAUCUGUUUGUCUGUCUGAUGAAACUGUCCAAUCCAAACCCUGGACCGGAGCCACACGUGAAUGGUGAUGCUGGAGAAUUGUAGUCCAGCUACAGGGAUUAGUCUCAGUUUUCACAGUGUAAAUAAACCAGGCAUUGUUUAGGUGCUGUAGACCGAAGAUGCAGUGGUUAUGCAUCCAUACAAUAAAACACACAGCAGGGCACUAUGUUCAAACUUGCCUGUCAGCUGUUGUGCAUGUAAGACCAUGAGUGUGUGGCUUAAUUUGAUAUUGUGGUAUAAGAAUAGUAAAAUUUGCAUAUUUGUUUUUAUAUUCAACUAAUACAGUUGCCACAUCUGUGCUAGUUUAACUGACAGUGUUGUAACUAAGCACACAUGCCCGUGCAUUUGGGAUGUGCAGUGACAACAUUAUGUGUAUCUUAAGCCAUUUCAACCAACGGAAUUCUGUAUUAGGAUGGAAUACAGAAAAAGGCAUGAUUCACUGACAAAAAACAUCUGUCUUAAGUCUUGUAAUGAGACUUAAAAUCUUAUUUUUUUCUCUGAAGUAGAAAAUAGUGGGUUCCAGAAAUAUUGGCACCCUUGAUAAAUAUGCACAAAAAUACUGUAAAUGAAAAAAGAAUGCCUUUGAAAUAAUGUGUUGUGUGCUUUAUUAAUUAUACAAUGGAAUCAACCAAAGUCAUACAUUUUUCAAAUAAAUAAAUAUAUUCCCCCAAAAAACAGGUUUCACAAUUAUCGGUUUAAUACUUUGUACAAACACCCCUGUUUAAGAUGACAGCCAUGAGUAUUUUCCUAUAAUUUGUUAUAAAUUUAGAGAGCACAUUUGGAGGGAUUUUUGGCCAUUCUUCCAUCAGAAUCAUUGAUCUGCCCUUAUGGGCCCCCAUUUACAGUUUAGGCCACAGUUUAGACCCAAGACCUUUAGGUUUCUUGAUGGGAUUAAAUCUAGAGACUGAGAUGGCAUUAAAAAACACUGAUGUUAUUUUCACUUAACCAUUUCUGUGUGGUUUUUGGAUGUUUGGUUUUGUUUAUUGUGCUCAGUAAGUGCUGUCUUCAUGCCACCCUUCCAAAGAGUUUGUUGGUGUGGUGGUGCCAUUUUAUGUCUUCUUUUUGAGACUUGUAAGUACAAUUUUAUUGACAAUUUUGAAUUUUAUUUUAUUUGAAUAAUUGUAAGGGUGCCUAUGGUUUUCAGAAAAAAAAGAGAAAAAUGAAAGGAAAUAAAAGUAUAUGCAGUCCGUAAGUAUUUGCACAGUGCUACUAUGUCUGUUAUUUUAGCUCAAUAAUAUUCAUUGUUUCAUUUCAAAUCCAAUGUGCUGCACUACAGAGCCAGAAUAACAGAAAUUGUACCACUGACUGCACUGUUGUUUCUCCAUAUGUGUGAAACCAACAUAUAGAUUAUUAUCUGUGUUGUUUAUUAUAUGCUUUCUUUUUUUCUUCAUUUUUAUUUAGGGUGCCAAAAAUUCUGGAGCUGAUUAUAUCCGCUUGCUUUGUUACCAUUUGCUCGAUAAGUGACAUUUUCUCACCAUAUCGUACCACAGCAAAUCUUGUAAAGAGUCAAACCAUCUAACCUCAUUUUUUUAAAUGUAAGAAAUACAGAAGUAAUAAAUUACAGCACAAAUCAA